AUGUCUCCUAACAAAAAACAAGAGUUGGAAGAUAUUGGAGAAUUGUACAUUAAAGAGUUAAUGUCGAUAUGUUUUUUCCAAUUAGAUCUUCAAGAAAAUCUUUUUGGCAUGUAUUCCUUCAAAAUGCAUGAUCUCGUCCAUGAUCUUGUACUCUCUAUUGGCCAUGAAGAGUGGUCGGAAAUAGACUCUGACAAUAAAGACAUGGCCUCGACAGUUCGUCAUUUGUCAAUUUCAUCUAGUAGCCAACAAGUUUCGAAGUUCUCAAACAAGUUAACUAAUGUGAGGAGCAUCAUGUACCGAAACGAACCACACGUUUCCUCAGUUGAAGCAUGCAUCUCAAGAUUCAAGUCUUUACGUCUGUUAACUAUACCUUAUUCAGAUUUUGAGAAUUUGCCAAGUUCCAUUGGUACUCAAAAGCAUUUGAGAUAUCUCGGCCUAUCUCUUAAUCAGUCAAUCAAGAAGCUUCCUAAUUCCAUUUGCAAGUUACACAAUUUGCAAACCUUGUUACUUGAUGGAUGUAGAGACCUUGAACGACUGCCCAAAGAUAUGAGGAACAUGAUCAACCUUAGGUUUCUUACGAUUUCAACAAAAGAUACACGCUUGUUCGUGAAUGGAGUAUGUUGCUUUAAUUCUCUUCAGAUUUUAUGGGUGGUGGAGUGUCCAAGACUCGAAUGCUUGCUUCCACAGAUGGACAGGUGCCUCACCAACCUUCGUAUGUUGGUUUUUGUGGAGUGUGAAAGUUUGACCUCUUUGCCACCUAUUAUCAAGCACCUAAAAGCCUUAGAGUCAUUGUACAUUUGUGAUUGUGAAGAGAUAGAUUUGACGGGAGGAGGAGGAGAUGCACAGGACCUCAAUUUGAGACUCCAAAUCUUGUAUAUAACAAAUUUACCAAAGUUGGAGAUUUUACCCGAAUGGCUCCUAGGAUCUGCAAACACUUUAAAGCACCUACAUAUCGAGCAGUGUGAAAAUCUGAAGGCGUUGCCAGAGUGGUUACCAACUCUGAAAUCACUUCAGACAUUGGAGAUCGUUGAAUGCAAUGAGCUAUCAUCUCUACCAGAGGGGAUUCGUCAUAUGAAAACAUUAAGAAAACUGGUGAUCAUUCCUGAGCUCUAA